CAGUGUUUCUACCCUACUUUGUGUUCUUUCAUUCCUAUCAACCAAGCUUGUUUAAUUUGCUUCAGUAUCUGAGGAAGGACUCACAACUGGAAAAUAUAUGAAAGAGUUGUUAAACCUACAGAUCCUUCUGACUUUAGAAUUAGUUGUUAUAUUACCAGGAAAAAAUAAAUGCAGAUGUUGGACCAUGUCAAAAAUCUUGUCAAGAGAGUGGAUUGUUUCACACAGAGCGGAGAUGUGGCUUCUGAUUCUGGUGGUGUAUUUGUUUCAAAGAAAUGUGAAUUCAGCACGAAUGCCAACUAAAGAUGUGGAUCCAGAAGCAUUCAUGAAUAUCAGUGAAAUCAUCCAACAUCAAGGCUAUCCCUGUGAGGAGUAUGAAGUCACAACAGAAGAUGGGUAUAUCCUUUCUGUUAACAGAAUUCCUCAGGGCCUAGUGAAGCCUAAAAAGACAGGUCCCAAGCCUGUGGUGUUACUGCAGCAUGGCUUGCUUGGAGACGCUAGCAACUGGAUUUCCAACCUGCCCAACAACAGCUUGGGCUUCAUUCUAGCAGAUGCUGGUUUUGACGUGUGGCUGGGGAACAGCAGAGGAAACACCUGGUCUCGGAAACACAAGACCCUCUCCAUAGACCAAGAUGAGUUCUGGGCUUUCAGUUAUGAUGAGAUGGCUAGGUUUGACCUUCCUGCAGUCAUAAACUUUAUUUUGCAGAAAACGGGCCAGGAAAAGAUUUAUUAUGUCGGCUAUUCACAGGGCACCACCAUGGGCUUUAUUGCAUUUUCCACUAUGCCAGAACUGGCUGGGAAAAUCAAAAUGUAUUUUGCUUUGGCACCUAUAGCCACUGUUAAACACUCAAAAGGCCCUGGUGCCAAAUUUUUGCUGCUGCCAGAUAUGAUGAUCAAGGGCUUGUUCGGCAAGAAAGAAUUUCUGUACCAGACCAGAUUUCUCAGACAGGUUUUUAUUUACCUUUGUGGCCAGGUGAUUAUUGAUCAGAUUUGUGGCAAUAUCAUACUUCUUCUGGGAGGAUUUAACACAAACAAUAUGAACAUGAGCCGAGCAAAUGUGUAUGUUGCUCAUACUCCUGCUGGAACAUCUGUGCAAAAUAUCCUACACUGGAGCCAGGUACUGAAUUCUGGGGAACUCCGGGCAUUUGACUGGGGGAGCGAGACCAAAAAUCUGGAGAAAGGCAAUCAGCCAACUCCUGUAAGGUACGAAGUUAGAGACGUGACGGUCCCUACAGCAAUGUGGACUGGGGGUCAGGACUGGCUUUCAAAUCCAGAAGACACAAAAGCUCUGCUCUCCGAGGUGACCAACCUCAUUUACCAUAAGAACAUUCCUGAAUGGGCUCAUGCGGAUUUCAUCUGGGGUUUGGAUGCUGCUCAUCGUAUGUACAAUGAAAUCAUACAACUGAUGAAGCAUGAAGAGACCAACUUUUCCCAGGGGAUGUGCAGGGCCAGAUUAUGAGGCAUCUGACGUUGACAAGUCUUAGGAGAAACUUCAUGGAAAAUGGGGGUGGGGCCCGGGAAUGGGAGAUUUUGAGGAUUUUUAGAAUUGGAAACCGACCACAUCAAUAGAAGGGAGGUGGAGAAGCGAGGACAGAGAUAGAGUAGACAUUCCUUCAGAGUUCCUGCAUUUGGCACUAAAACUGACGUUUAAAUUUUUUUCGGUUAAUUAAACUACGCAUUGGGUGAACAUAAGUUUCAAUGUGCUAUUAUAUAUUCUAUCGUUUUCAAAGGUAGGUUUUACCUGAUAGCUAGAAAUUAUCUGGGCAUUCUCUCUGUCAUUCAGGUAAACCUCCCUAAAACAUUUAUUUUUUUUCUAUAAGCCAUGUUUUUUGAGCAAUAAAGUAAAAUGACAAAUUCGGACAGAGGUCUUGAAUCUCUGAAUUGUUGUUAACUUUGCCAAAAUAAGCUAGACAUUUUCACCUUAUUGCCAUAGAGACAAUACCUCCUCAAGAAGUCGAGCUGCUUUACCCAAAAAAAAAAAAUCGAUGUUCAGUAUGGAUGAAAUAUAUUUUAAGUAUCUUCAGAACUGGCCUACGUGUCAUAGUUUUAUAGUUGAGUCUCAGAGAAGAUAUUUUUGUAGGAUUUUUAUGAGUUUUCCAAUAAAUGCAUAAAGCAUGUAUGUGUAUUUCCACGAUUCUAGUUCAAGCUUGUUUGAGAGUUUACAGGCUGUUGCCAGGAAACCUAACAGCUAGAAACAUCUGGCCCAGUUUUCUGCCUUCAAAAACUGAAAGCUAGAAAGAAAAUUUUAUAAUGUCAUGAGCAUAAUAAAAUAAAUCAUUGUGUAUGUUGUCCUUUGAUCUUGACAAAGUUGCUACUAGACAAUCACCCCAACUCAUUCACAAAUAUGGAUUUAUUUCUAUAAAUAAUUUUCACACAGUUUCAAAGAUGAUAGUUAUGCAUUCCAUGAGUAAUAGUACAAGUUUUCAAAACUCUGAAACCAAAUUGAAGGUAUACUGGUGUGUAUAGAAGAUAGAGUGAUGUGUGAAAUACACUUGUUUUUUUUUCAUCCUCCAGAGUCACCUGGUAACUCAGUUCAGUGUGAAUGGAUCUUAGAUAAUUUAUUGAGACUAUUUUUUUUUGGUGAAGAAGAUUGUCACUGAGCUAACAUCUGUUGCUAAUCUUCCUCUUUUUGCUUGAGGAAGAUUGUCCCUGAGCUAACAUCUGUGCCAAUCUUCCUCUAUUUUGUAUGUGGGAUGCCACCACAGCACGGCUUGAUGAGUGUUAUGUAGGUUCUCACCCAAGAUCUGAACCAGCGAACCCUGGGCCACCAAAGUGGAGCGUGCGAACUUAACCACUAUGCCACCAGGCCAGCCUCUAUUAACAGACAUGUAAGGGCUUUAGAAUCUGUAUCUACACCCUACUACUUCCCUCACAAAAUAUGUGCCUUAAGGUCUUACACAUGGUUCAAUAAAUAUUUCUGGAUUUGAUUUGUAUUAGAUGUUUGUUCUGUUCAAAGAUGGUAAAUCUUUCACUCUUAGAUUAUAUUUGUUAUGACAUGUAAUGUGGUUUAGUUUAUGUCUAAAGCUAUUCACGAUUCAGUUUUGCUUUGCAAAAUUCACUCAUUUUGUAAAUACAUUUAUUUCUACUCUGUCUCAUUGACAAAGGAGUUGAGACAGAUAUUUUAAUAUUCAAUCUCUUAUCUCAAAGAAUAAUCCAUAUAGACUUCAUCAUAUAGCUCUAUUACUUGUAAAAGAAUCCUUUAUCCAAAUAAUUUACAAUGAUAUUUUAAAUUUUAUCAACAAAAAUAAACAGAACUAACAAGUUUAGUAGCUGCCUUGUAUUCACAAAAGAAUCAUAAAGGUAUUUUUGAACAAACAUCUUGAUAGUUACAUAGUCUUGUUCAAAAUCAGGACGGCUUUUAUUUGUAAACUGAUACCAAAAUGUUUAGCAGUGUACUGAUAAAUCACAUCUCCGGAAAAAAAAAGCCUUGAUUUGUGGCAUUUGCCAAUUUCCGUGGUGUAAACACUCUCUCAUCACUGAUGAGUAAUAAAUGCUUUGUUGAGGUUUUUUCAUUAAAGGAAUAUUUACAUAUGAAUCUCUGAACCCACUCACAUACCCACACCAUUCUAUACAAAUGUGCAUACUUCAGUUCUUCCUGUUACGACUUAAGAGGGACUGAGAAGAACAGAUUUUCUCCCAGGGCAUGAUAUAGACAGGACGGCCUGUUUAUAAGAUGGACACAAAUGAGAAGAAAGAACACUAUCUCAGAUAACUCUGAUCCUCUUCGUCAGGAGAGAUUGCGUUUGAAACAUCACCUUUUCUUGACUGAAGUGGAGAAUCCAACAGCUUUAAUUAUGGCCAUGGUGAGCUCCACUGAGCAAAAACCACAAA